AUGUCCACUUUCCCUCCGCAAUAUCCAUACCAGCCCCAGCAAACUUUCUACGACCCAUAUACACUUGGGAUUGCACAGGAUGGCUCCCAUCGGUCCAAGACGCCCACAGACUCCCUGAUCAACCAUGCUGGCGCCUCUCCAGGUGGAUACUCUCCUGGGCCCCUCAUCACCUCGACGCCGCCGUUAAGCCGACAUCCCUCACAGCAGCCAGUGCCGUCGCAGGACCAACUACCGGAUCAAUCGUUUUGGGACCAUGGCAGUUUGUCAAACUCCCCGACGUCUGUAAAGACGCCUGAUAACGAUUCGUUUGAGGUGGAGAUGCUCGACUCGGAAAUUGGGCGGUUCUACCAUCAAGACAAUAACAUCAUGUCGACCCAAACCUCGCACAACACGAUCCCAGCUGUCGACUCAAACCUGUUUUUCGCAUCUCAGAACUUGUUCAGUGACCAAGCACUUCAGGAGGCCCUCGCGACUACAAUGGCUGCCAACGCUCAGCAGUACCAGCAAAACUUCAACAUGCAUGCUCAACAGCAACACAACAUGAUGGCAGCCCAAACCCAAGACACCUUUUUCAACCAGAACUACGCGCCCCAGCCACAGUCACAGCCACAGACUCAACAGCAACACGAGCCAUGGAAUGGCCAGGGGCCUUCGAGGUUCGCUGUGGUUCCUCGAUCCGGGCACGUCAUGUUCGAUCCUGUCACCGAUCCCUCUUUAUAUACUGAAUUUCUGAACGACAAUGUGAACUCCUGGACCGCAAACUUUACCGAUCCCGACUAUCUCGUCUCGCCAAGCGAGCCUAUGGUGCCUCCCCAGGAGUACAUGUUCGGCUUCACUGCUCAAGAAGCUGCUCAUCGACCACAACAUCGUAUGUCUCAGGGAUCUAACGCGCAAAGUCCGGUGGAGCUACGCUUCAACGGGUUUCUCCAAUCACCGGCUCAAUCGAACUUCGUCAAUUACGAUGCAUCGUCGGCCCUAAUCACAGACAACUACGUAACGACGAAUCCUUAUGACCCAUCAUCACCGACCACCUCGUCAAUUGGGGCGUACUCGCAACCCUUUUACCAGCCCGCCGUGAGCCCACGACACUCAGCACCAAGCCCCGGCAGCUCUAAUGGCCACCUUUCGCACCAUCACUCAGAUUCCGAGAUGUUCGACACGAUGCCGGCGCAGCAUCUGAAUACGGCAUUUUUCCCUUCUCAUUCAUCCGCAAGAGGGAGUGCUUCGCCCGCAAGGCCUGUGCCGGAGAUGUCAUUCGACGCUUCCCCUGAGCCAGAGAUGUCGAGACGAGAAUCAAAGAGUAUGAGCAAAUCAGGAGGACGCGCGCUUGGAACUCAUUUGGAUCCCAAUGUUGCCAAAUCAGCACACGACAUGCGGAAGAUAGUAGCGUGUUGGCACUGUGUGCUUCAACGAGACAAGUGUGGUCCUGGAGACACCUGCGAGAGGUGUCUGAAGCGAUCUCAACGCCCGAAUGCCGAUUGUGGGUUAGGGUGCUCGCGCAUUAAGCUUGUUGAUCUGGCUGCCUCGUUUCUUCCUCACCUUGUUACCCAGAUGCACGAAGAUUCAUUCCUUACGCAGUUUGUGUCUCAGCACAUCCAACAAUGGGGUAAUGUCGAGCUCACGGUCAUGAUGACUUGCGGUCAGGACAAGAUGCCACGGAUACCUGUCAAAGUCUAUGAAUUCGUCCCCAAUGGAGACAAACUACUGGUACAACUCCAAUACCGGACGGACCCCGGGUCGAACAAGCGAGUCAUGUACCGAAAGCAAAGCCCGCCACUAGGAAUGGUGCACAUCAACCACAACGAAGAGAAGAAGUACGAAAAAUACGUCAGCGACAUCGUCGAUAACCAUUUGGAUGCGUUCGGUGAGCUUUGCUGGAUGGAAGACGAUAAUGACUUUCAGCAGAAGCUGUUCAGGUUGAUGACUAGAGUCAAGCCGAAGAACGACGAUGAAGCAAAGCUGUUCCGCGAAGUCUUUCGCCUCAUCGUUGUCACCUUUAUCAUGUCACACACGCUCACGAUCGCACCGGAGACCAAAUAUGCCACCCUCUCGCGCAUGCACUCAUUCAACGGUCGUAACGAAACCUACACAUCGCCACGCAUGACCAACCGCCAGCUCAAGUACUUCUUCUCCCGUGUCCAACGAUCGAUUCAAAACGCUCUCUUGAACAAGCUCCAACAAAUCUUCAAAUCGUCAAAGGGAUGCGAUAAGUGGCUAGCAGCGUUCAUCACUAUCGUAGGCAUGUGCAUGGCAUUGGAGGACCAGCAAAAGACGAUACACCUGAUCCAAACAACCAAGGCCACCACAGAAGGACUUGACGGACGUGACGCGCAAAUUCACGCAGACCAUGCCAACCGAAAUAUUGACACUCAAAUGCACUUCAUUCAACAGAUCUUCCGAUGGAAGUACAACCGCAAGCACAACCCACUGCUCAACCCAGAUCAUGACUGGGAGAAAGAGGCUGGCUUUGGGGAUGCGUCGAGUGUCAACUUUGUUCGUCAAGUCGCACAGUUGGUAAAAGAGAACACCGAUUACCUGCAGCAUCGACGAGCUGUCAGUGUCUCGUCUGACAACCAGACUAAGUACACAUCACGAAUUGUUGGCCAGUUUCUACUGUCCUUCUGGAUGCCGUAA